AUGAGAAAAUUUUCGCUGAAAUCCUUAAGUUCAAGAAUAUCGAGCUUAAACAGUGUACAUACACAAAAGUUUUUUUUUUGUAAUAAAAAAUAUGAACCGUUCAUAAAUAAUUCAAACGAAUUCAACAUCCCACAUAAUAAUAAUUUGGGUGAUGUCGAAUUUGAAGAUCAACUAUCAUCAGCUAUAACAUUUGAUAUAAAUAUUGAUAAUGAUAAAAAAUGGAAAAAACAAGAAGAAAUAGAAUAUAAUAAUUUUUUGAAAAAUGCUCAAACUCAAAGAUUUUCUAAUAACAAUUUUAAUCAAGAAAGUAAUUUAGAGGAACUUCAAAAUGGAGGUAUAAAUCAAGUUGAAGUAACAAACCCUGAAAUUAAGAAAACUGUUGACCAUAUACAAAAUAUACUUGAUAAAUAUGAAGUGAAUGAAGAAGGAAAAGAUGAAACAACAAUAGAAAAAAUAUUCGAUAAUUUGAAAAUAGAGAGUAAUAAAUAUAUAUUAAAUUUGUUAGGAGAUAAAUAUAUAAAUAUACUUUUUUCAAUUAUUUAUAAAAAUUUUGAAAAUGUGUCUUAUAAUAAUCUUGUUAUUUUGAUAAACAUAAUUUAUGAGUCAAGACAGAAACAAUUAUUUCGUGAUUUCUCCUACGAGUAUAUAAAAUUUAUAAAUAAAAAAAAUAGUAAUACCAUUCAUAAUAACAAUGUUAGUGAUGGUAGCAAUUAUGAGAAUUCCAAAUUAAGUGAAAAUUGUGAAAUAAAUUUGUGUCUUCAUAUUUUAGAUAUUUUAAAUAAUUGUUCUUUAUACUUUUCAGAAUAUUAUGAUUAUUUAGUUUCUAAAAUUAAUAAAAUGAAUACCGAUCAAAUUGUUUUAUUUUCAAAGGAAUGCUCUAAACAUAGUCUAAGAACAAAACAUUAUUUAGAUAAAGUUUCAAAUAUAUGUAUAGAAAAAAUCAAAAAUUUUGACAUUAACCAUGUACAAACUUUAUAUUAUUCUUUUCAUCGAUUUCCAAAAGAAUAUUCAAAAUUUUAUGAUAUUUCUUUAAACUUAAUCUUAGAGAAUAUAACAAAUUUUGACAUAUAUUUUGAUCACCUUCUUUUAAAAAUAGCUAAUAAUUUAAAAAAUGAACAAAAGUAUGCUAAACUGACUUCAUCGAUAGCAAACAAAAUAAGUCUAUCCAUAACUCAGAUACGAAAAAAUAUCAAUUGUGAAUCAACUAAUGGAAGCAAAGAAAAUGUGGAAAAAUUGGUAGCAGAUCAUAAAAAUAAAAUGAAUGAACAGUGCCAAGAAAUUAUUAACAGUUCAGAACAUAAUAAUGAAACGGGUGAAGACGAACUAACUUGUCAGGAUUCAAACAAAAUAAACAAAUUAAAAAGAAAUAAUGUCAUAGAUAUAAAUGGAAACAACAAAGAAGACGUUUGCAAUACUAUAGUUGAAACAAUAAAAUGUUUGAAAUAUCUUGAAUGUAGAAAAAACAAUGAUGAUGAAGUAAAAAAUGCAGUAAAUACAAUUUAUGAAUUAAUUAAUGAUCACCCAGAAUAUUUAAAUUUAUUGUCUGUAGAAGAUGUUGUAUAUGUAUUAGUAUGUUUUACUUCCUAUAAUAAAAGAAUUGUAUUAUAUAAUAAUUUAUUAGACAUAUUAUGUGAAAGAAGUAAUGAAGUAUUACAUGCAAAAAAUAUAUCUUUAUGGAUAUACCCAAUUUUAUACUUAUCAAAAAUAUCAUGGUUUCAUGAAAAUUAUUUUAAUUUUUUAUUUAACUGUAUUAAAGAUAAUUACGUAUUAAGCAGAUUAAAUAUUUUUCAACUAUUAAAAUUGUUAUCAUCUAUUGUUAAAAUGAAUAUAUAUGAUGAGCAGAUUUAUAAAAUUUUAAUAGAAAAAUUAUUUACUGAAUGGGAUAUUAUUAAAAAAAAGUUUGUAGAUAUAUCAACAUUUUUAUGGUCGUGUGCAUAUGUUAAUAUUAUUUAUAAACCUUUAUUUGAUGAAGCAUAUAAAUGUAUUAUUAAUAUGAUAGAUAGUAAAUCUUUUAGUUUAGAUAAUGCUAUAUAUAAAAAUUGUUUUGUUAAUAUAGCAUGGGCUUUUAUUGUUGGUAAUUAUCAUAAAACUGAAAAAGAUUUUGAUAAAAUUUUAAAUGUUACAUUUUUAAAUCGAGAUCCAAAUGACUCACAAGCAUUUAAACGCCUACACCAAAUAGCUGAUGCAUGUUUUAAAGAAAUACCCAAUUGUUUAGUUAAUUUAAAAUCACUAGAUAUUCUAUACAAAUAUUGUAUGCAUGAAAAAUGUAAAACAUUAAGAAAUGAUUUUAAUAUAUAUAAAAAAGAAAAAAAUGCUAUGCAAAUUAAAAAUAAAAUUAUUGAUGAAAUUUCAUUCAUUUUAAAAAAAAUACCUACUUCAUAUCAAUUAUAUUAUGAACCAUAUAAUAAUUCACCAUAUAUUAUUGACAUACUUUUAAAUCAAAAUCAAAAAAUUGGAAUAUGUGUCUAUGGAAAGGAACACUUAAUGAGAACUUUGACUAAUUCUCAUUGGGAUUAUAUGAAUACUGGAUUUACUUCUUUACAAAUGAGAAUUUUAGCUAGCCAUGGCUGGAAGAUUAUUCCAAUUAAUGGUGGGGAGUGGUUAAAAUUAAGUAUGGAACAAAAAAAGACGCAUUUACAGGGAUACUUUAAAAAGUAUUCCAUACAGGUUUAA